CCUGCCUAACUAAAGAAGAAGAAGAAGAAGACACUUCCCAAUGAAUGGAUGGAUGCGAAAUGUGUGUGUGUUUUGACCCAUUUUCAAACCUUUCCGUGGUGACGUUUGAUGUAGACGCGUAAAAACACCGCGGACUCAUCGAUGGAGUGCGACAUUUUGGACUCGUUAGAGCAGCUGGGGUAUGACGGGCCUCUGCUGGAGGAGAAGGCGCUGCUCGGAGCCGCAGAGGAAGGCCUGUCCUCGCAGGAGUAUCUGGACCUGUGUGUGUGGCUGGUGUCCAGAUUGAAGCCGCUGUGUGACCUGGAGGAAAGCAUCACAUCCGGCCAAGAUGACAUGGACGGGCUCCAGGUUGAGAUGAGCGGUCUGCUGAAGGAGUUGCACUGUCCUUAUGACAAAGUAGUGUCAGGGAUCCUCAAGGGUGACGUGAAGAACACUACAGAACAUCUCAAGCUUGUGUUGUUUCUCAGCUCAGAGCUCCAGGCAGCUCAGGUUGUGAAGAGCAAACAACUCUCCGAUCAACGUCACAAAGAGAAUCCAGCGUUAGGCGAGCUUCGAACAAUCUGUGAGACGCUGAACGUGCCAGACCCGGCGGGAUCGGACGCAGCGGAACUCCUCCCCCAAAUAAAAAACAAGGUUGAUAACCUACUCAAAGAUCUUCCAGGUGCCUCCAUCGGAAGCCCAGUGCUGACAAAAUCUCUCAGCACAGAGCAGUGGGCAAGGUUGCAGGACAUCAACAGUGUCCUGUCCUCGGAGUACGAGUGUCGGCGCAGGAUGCUGAUCAAGCGGCUGGAUGUCACAGUCCAGUCAUUCGGAUGGUCGGACAGAGCCAAGGUAAAGGUGGACAGCAUGGCGAGGGCGUACCAGCCUAAGAGACACUCCCUGAGGCCACAGUCCAAAGUGGACAUGGCCAUGCUUCUAGCUGCCAGAGAAGACCUCUGCAACGUGAUGAAGACCAGCAGCGGCUCCAGCAGAGAGAAAACCACUUGUGCCGUCAACAAGGUGCGGAUGGGGAGAGUGCCAGACCGAGGAGGACGUCCCUCGGAGAUACAUGCCCCGCCUCCUGAAAUGCCACCAUGGCAGAAGAGACAAGAUGGUGGAGGAGGCUGGAGAGGAGGAGGAAGAGGAGGCGGCGGCAGGGGAUAUGGAGGCAGAGGUGGUGGAGGUGAUUGGAGAGGAAAUCGAUGGAACCAUGGAGGGAAGAGAGGACGGUACUAGUAUUAUUUCCUACAUUGUAGCGCGUGAAGUGAUUCAAUCACAUGGACUCUCAGUUAUCUGUGAUUCUACGGAGGAAAACCGCAUUUGAACAAUUUUUCAAUUCUCUCUUUUCUACUGUAUUAGUUUACUUUUUUUUGAAUACUGUUUUUGUUUGAAAAUACCGGUCAUAACAUUUACAAGUACUUUUCUUUGUUCAUAGGAAGCUAACAAACAAUUUACAGAUGCUUGUGUUUGGGGUGAACAUUUGUAGAACAGUUGUCAGUUCUAGAAAGACCACAUUUUUUUUAGACAACUGGCAACACUGCUGUCAGUGAGAUAAUCUGAAGUCAAUGUAAAAGGAUUAGAGAAAAAUAACAGAAAAGUUAAUCUGUCCUCUGAAUCUUUUAUUUUUCCUGUCAAGUUAGAAAGUAUUCAUUCUUGCCUUACUUUCUCACAUAUCAUGUAUGUAAAGAUGAUAAUUUUUAAAGUCUGAAUUUAUUUAAUUAAAACCCAUAAAUAAACCGUAAACUCU